AAGUUUAAAUAUUAUUUUGUAUUGAUCCAAAGUGAAUUAUAUAGUAAUUGAAAUUACGUUUUAAUAUAAUUUAAUAUCUUGUAACAUAACUGGCUGUAUACCUACAUUUUUCCACGCUACAGCUUACGUCGAAUUAGUCAUCAGACAGCAAGCAAAAUGGAACUAUUUUUGCAAUGUAAUGAUUUGGAGGGUUUGGCGCCACUACUACAAAAACACGGUGUGGAUUUAGACACAGCAGUAAAAUUGUCUCGAGAGGAAAUAAAAGAGUUGAUACCAUACGUGGGACUAAGGUCCAGAUUUUGCAGGGCUCUGAAGUCUAUGGAGCAACCACAAUCGAGUUCAGAAUCCUCUGUAUCAUCGGUAACCCCAACAAUGAUUUUAGAUUGGAACACGAAUGACGAUGGCGAUACCACCUUAAUUGAUGACCCUCAAUCUUCAGUUCCAUCCACUUCAUCUUCUAUUCCAUCCACUUCUUCUGAUGUGCGCAUAAUAGAGGUAAUUCCGGUAGAAGAUACUGAUAUUACUACGGAGGGAUUUCAAGCAUCUACACAGUCUACACUUCCAGAAUUUGACUUAAAAACAUUGCUAGAUUGCACUCCGUUAGGAUCUACGAUAAUAGCAUAUUAUGAAAAAAACCAAAUGCUUAACAAUAGUAAAAGAUCUUUAUUAGUUGAUAUCAUAUGCAAAAAAAUUUUUCAUUUUGCGCAAAAAAAUAGAGUAUGUCAUAGUGACUACAACAUUCUAACAGCUAAAAUUAUAACACUCUUUCCUAAAGAACUAUCUGGUACGUAUUACGUUCCAGCUAUUUCAAAAAAGCAUUCGGUUACUAAUAAACCAAUAGUAGCUAAAGGAAAGCUUGUCGACAAAGUUCGUAACCUUUUAAGGCUAAACAGACAAAUCAAUGCAAACAGUUCUAAAACUUUGGAAACGACCACGGCAUUAAAAUUAGACGAAUCACUAAGAAAGGUUAAAAUUUGGUUACAAACACGCAAAGAACCAUGGGAUGAAGUAGUUACGAACUGGAAAAGUACAAUGGAAUUGAGGAGGCAAUCAACCAGUAAAACAGCUUCUGAGUUUUUUAAAGAUUGGCCAAUACUGCAGGAUUCUCGCUCAACUCAGUUGAUUGAUAUAGAUUUUGAUGUGAUGUUUCCAACUAAAGGUGUUAAUAUUCACAUUCGUUGGUUCCCUUUUAUGGAAAAACUGAUUCUCUUACGAGGAAGUUCUAUGAAAGAAAGAUCAGGCUUACAGUAUUUAGAGAUACUAAAUUUAGAAGAGAAUUGUAACGAAGAUACAAAGGUAGCUCUGCAUUUGCACAUGUUACCUAAUCUAAUUCCACCAAAAGGAAGAACAAAGUUGCCCAAUAAAAAAGAUUGGAAGUUUUCCGCCGCGGAGGUUCUUGAAAGUUUAAUUCAACAUGUCAAAGGCCCUGGUGACAUCGAAGACCACAUUCAAUCAUACCAAGAUCGUAUGUACAAUUUAAAACAGACUAUCCAACCAUAUAUUUUGGUAGUAGGACCUUCUUUAAAGAAUGUUACAGCAACGUACGUAAUAGUUGAUAAAAUAGGGGAAAGGGGGGCACAUGUGGACAGGGGGUGCAUGUGGACAGUUUGA